AUGAACGUGCGUGUUGCUACAGCAGUUCGUAUCCUACCAGGAACUGCAAUAGCAGACAAGCAAUUCAUUCUUUCUUCGGUCCACAAAGCCGUUGAUGGGCAAACUGUUGUAGUGGACAGUUGUGGCGAUGGGUCGCGGCCGAUGAUUGUACGGGUUGAUGAGGUUUAUGAUGAAGAGGAUAAUCAAAGCUACUUUUAUGAGCAAGCCGUUAGGGAUUUGGUGUGUUGUGCAUUUGAUGGGAGUUAUUGCACGGUAUUGGCGUAUGGCGCUGCGGGGAGUGGUAAGACGUAUAGUGUGCUUGGACCCAAAGCACAGGAAAAUAUAAUGGAAGAGGCAGGGAUUUUCCUACGUGUAUUUGAGGAUUUAUUUAGGUAUCAGGAGAAAAUGUCCAAGCGAAGGCACAUCAUGUUUUUCGUAGCAGCACUUGAGCUGGUUGGCGAGCAGGUGUUGGACUUGCUAAAGAGGCGAAGUAAGAUUCCUGUGAGUGAUGUGUCAAGUGAUUAUCUUUUGCACAACCUCCGCCACGCUGAAGUCACCUCGAUGACCGAGGCCACGAAUGUCUUCAAUUUGAUAAACGAUAUGCGCCAAGAUUUGCCUACCGAUGGAAUUACACGUGGAUCACGCUCUAGCGCUCUUAUAUUUAUUGAUAUUGUUCAAGUUGCUCACAAACACUUCCCCGACCGUCCUACGCGGGAGAAAUUAGUGGAAGUGGGCGGAUUCUCUGUUGAACCUAGUGUGCGAGGCAUCCUGCAUUCGCGUGUGUUAUUGGUAGAUUUAGUGGGUAGCAACAUCGGAAGAACCUCAGGUAUUGGAGGAGAGGAAGUAAUAGAGAAUCUGGGAAUGGCUAAAUCUUUGCAAACAUUGGGUAUGUGUGUGCGCUCCUUGUAUGUUGGGGACUCGCAUAUUCCCUUUUGUGAUGCCAAACUAACUGAGUUGCUGAAACCCUCGCUUGCUGAAAGUACGUCGCGCGUACUUGUGGUGGCCCAUGUUUCUCCGCUUGCUAAGGAUGGUGACGAAACGAGAGAAACAUUGUGCUUUUGUGAUCGGAUAAAGGAGUUCAAAGCUGAUAAAUCCUACAAUGUUCCGUCCGCAGGGUUUGGGGAAUAUGAAACUCAGCCGGUUACUCAGCACAGGGAACUUCUUGCUGAUGUGAGAAUUGCGGCUGCUGUUGCCUACUAUACACCUCAACGCCCUUAUUUUACGUCGAUGCUAAAAGGUGUGAGCGUGAAAGAGGCACGCGAUGCCGCAAUUGUUUCUUUGAAAAACGAAUUGGAUGGCCUGGAAAUGAGAAAGGAAACGGAGUACAUCAGUAAAGCAAAGGAAAAAAUAAUGAAGGACCGAGAUAAAAGGGUACGUGGUUUCGCAUCCAGGAUGAAUCAAAUGAUAGAGGAAUACGAGGUAAUUUCCCAGAAGGUCAAAGAAGAGAAGAAAGUUAGCAAGCACCUUACAAGGGAGUAUGAAGCUAAGAGUGAGGAAGCCAUAACGGAGGCCAAGAAGGCAAAAAAAAGUCGUUUGAAAGCCCAGGAGAAGGUGGAGAACCUUCGGGAGCAGCUUGGUUUGCCGAAGGUUGAUUCGAGUUUGCCUAAUCAGGAGAGUUCCCAAUCACAUAAGUACGAUGAUGACAAAAUGUUUUGUGGUGGGUCGACGGAAGAACUUUCAAAUGAGGAAAGGGAAAGGGAAACACUACUUGACAAUCUUGUGAAUGACUUUCAAACGGCAGCCAAGGACCUCAACGAUGUCCACGCGACGUACGCGAAGCGCCUCACCGCCACUCAAAGGCAGAGAGCGCAAGUGCGACGUAUAAAAAUGCUUUGCUCAGGAAUUAUAUUGGAUAGCACCCUAGUGGAGGAUAUUAUUGAUUUCAUUAUCGAUCGAGCUGUUGAUAUCUCCCACAAGGUAAUUAAACCAUCGCAGCCGUAUUCUUGGAAAAAUAUUGAAGGCCUUAGCACUGUUUUGAGAGGUGGUAACAGACUUUAUCCACCGUUGUUCAAUUCUAUUCCAGAUGCUACAAAAGUGGAUAGUACAGGAGUAUUUCAUAGAUGUACUUUUCUCAGCUCUGACGAAAGCGAUGAGGAGAACUCUCACUAUCCAGAUGAAACGCGGCGGCCAGUUGAGAUGGACAAUGAUUUGUACGAACAUUAUUUGGCGAUGGGUAAUACGCAAAAGAAGGUGAAGGAGGACGGUAGUGCGGGUUCAGAAAAGAAGUCAGCAGCAAAAUGGGGAGGGGAGAUUUCAGAGACUGCACGAGACGAAGCGAGAAAGCCCGCGAAGGAGAAUGCUGAAGAUGGGGGUGUUGAGGGAAGUCCGAUAGGGUUAAAUGCAUCAGCAACGGAAUCGCUACAUCUCGAUGGCGACAACGAUGGGGAAUUUAAUCAAUCUGAUAACAAUGUCGAAGAGAGUGAGGAGCCUUUGACGGAAUCGGAGAAACAGCGAAUGCGGACACGUAGGGACCAGCAAUACCUUAUGCGUGUGUAUGACUCACCUACCUUGGUCGACGAUCUCAUAAAAUUCUUGCGCGGUGGAACGGUAAUGCUGAAGCACGGACGCAUAGGAAAACCUCAUCGUCGCCUGUUCUGGGUAUCUAUAGAUAGGGAGAAGCGAAAGCUUCUAUGGGCAGAUCCCGAUGCAACCGCAAGUCGCUCUAGCUCGUAUGUUGACCUUGACAACGUGAGUUACAUUCAAAUAGGCUGUUUCAGUAAAGUUUUCAAACGGUACUGCUCGACAUCGACGGAUCCAAGUUUUUACCGUAGUUUUACGGUUGGUUUGAAAGAUGGUAGUCGUACGGUUGAUAUUGUUGCCGACACAUUAGCGGAUUUUGAGGCUUGGGUGCUUGGUCUGUCUAACUUGGUGAGGGUAGAUCCAUCGUGGGGCGGGAAGUUGGAUGUCUCAGUGGAGGUAAACUACGACCGUCUUAACUGCUUUGAGGUGAGUCUUUGCGAAACAAAUUACAUAUUUCCUACGCAAUACCUCAUGUUAAAACGACGUGUGACGCAGAUUGCGGCCCACACCCUCGAGGUUCUUCAGCAAUGUGGAAAUGAUGUUGCAAAGGCCCAGGAAAUUUUGAAUGGUAUUCAUCCCCCAGGAAUCAAUGACAAGGGUGCUGUGUACCUUACAAAGGGUGAGUUACGCUUUGUUGGUCGCAACGAAAUAGACAUCAUUCGUAUCACCAAAAUAUGGAUGUUGUUUCAACAAAUGAAUCUUGUGUACGAUGACAACUUCGUGCCGGCGACGACAUUCGGUAUCACUCGGCGGAGUUAG